UUGUGGGCCAACGUAUAUAUAGCUUGAUAAAGCCCUCACUCAUGCCAGCCUAUUGUGCACAAAUCCACGGCCACUUCCACCACGCCAGUGGCACUCGCCCAUCAUGAAGUUCCUCGUCACGGUUGGGACGCUCCUCUUCUCUUUGGUCUCUGCGCAGACUGAAGUGCCUGAUGUCGACAGUCUUGCUGUGCAAAAGCAUCUCCGCUCUCGGUCUGCAUUGAUCGCGUUCGAGAAGAGACAGCGACAAGAUCACUUUUUCCGUCAAAAUCUUUCCUCUGUAGCCCAGAGAGCGGACGCCAUCGUGGCAGCUAUUCGCCAGGAGGAAAUCGACGAUUACUGGAGAGUCCCUGGAACCCCGGAGAAGAAUGAUACCGACGAGAGGUUCGCCGGGGAGGUCUUCCCGAAAGCCCGGCCGUUGAUCAAUGGAACCAAGCUCUGGGACGUGGUCAAGCACAUGCCAAAGGGUGCUCUUUUACAUGCGCAUUUGCCGGCCAUGCUUCCCUAUGACACCCUUCUGGACACCAUUCUUCACACGGAAGGUAUGGUCAUCUCCGCCUCCCAGGAUGUAUCCACCGAGGAUAACCGCCGGAAUGCCUCCAUCUCGUUUGCCCAUGUCAACCAUACGAUCGCGACCAAUGUAUCGUCGAUCCAUUCUAAGGAUUAUGUCCCUAACACGCAAAUUCCCGUGACUGUGGCUGCCGAUACUUUCCCCGGUGGUCGACAGGGAUUCAUCGACUUCGUCAAUACCAAGGUGACCAUCUCCCCGGAGCUGUCUGUACGUCACGAAUUGGGAGUCGAUGAGAUCUGGCGUGUCUUCCAGACAGCCUUUGACCCCGCCAACACCAUGCUAUCGUACGAGCCCAUUGUCCGGACAUUCUACAAGAAGCUCUUUUCGCGCCUGGCCGAAGAUCACAUCAACUGGGUAGAAAUCCGUGCUGGAGGUUCGAGCGGCAAGCUGGUCCAUGAGGGCCAGGAGGACCCUGAUCCGGAUCUGGACAUUUGGUGGAACGUGCUGCUGGAGGAGCUGGAGAAGUUUCAGAAAUCUCCGGAGGGCGCACACUUCUGGGGAGCGAGGGUCAUCUGGUCUGACAGCCGAGGCAAGAACCGUGCUUCACUGACCAAGAGCAUGAAAAUUGCUCUUGAGCGGAAGCGCAGACACCCUCAGCUCUUUUCCGGCUACGAUGUGGUUGCUCAGGAAGAUUUGGGCCGUCCGCUCAUCGAUAUGGCACCCGAAUUGAUCUGGUUCCAGCAACAGGCUGAGGAGUCGAACCUCACUAUCCCUUUCUUCUUCCAUGCGGGUGAGACCCUCGGCGAUGGAAAUUCGACCGACCUCAACUUGUUCGAUGCAGUUCUCUUCGGCACACGCCGUAUCGGACACGGCUUCUCCCUGUACAAGCACCCGAGACUGAUUGACGAGGUGAUCGAGAACGGUAUCAUGGUUGAAGUUUGCCCUAUCUCAAAUGAAGUCCUUCGUCUCGCCACCGAUGCCCUUCACCAUCCCCUCCCCGCAAUGAUUGCCCACGGUAUUCCGACGGCCAUCAGCAACGACGACCCGGCGAUCCUUGGCCAGAACGCAGCUGGUCUGAGCUACGACUUCUAUCAGACAAUUCAAGCCUUUGACAAUAUUGGUCUUGCUGGCCUGGUAAGCUCUCUCUCUCGUGGUGCUUUCAUAUGUAAUGGAACACGGCUAACAAGAAGAAAACAGGGAGCGCUCGCGCAGAACAGUAUUCGAUGGAGCAACUUCGAAGAUCAGGACGACGUUGAGUGGGUUCGUGAUAUUGACUUGGGUGAGAAUGGCGACGGCAUUAAGGCCCAGCGUCUGCAGGAGUGGAAGGAGAAGUGGGAGGCUUUCUGUGAGUGGGUUGUGCAGGAGUAUGGAGACCGUUACGCCACGGAGGAGAUCUGAUGCCUAUAAUUGGGCCCAUGAAUGUUGGACUGAUACCUCAUCUUUCCAUGCCAUUGCCUUAUAUUAGCUAUUUCACACUAAAUAUAUUUAACUCAAUUUUGGUUAUGGUCGUAUGGUAGAUUGCGGAAUAACCUCACAGUAUUCAAAGAGUGACCGCAAAUGCUCAAAUACUCACGACUGGAUAGACCAUCAGCCAUCAGAAUACCUGUAACCGCAUGUCACUGAUCUAUUAUUGCCCGUUGGCAGUAUUCCCGUUUCCUAGCACCAAAUUCCCUGUGUCCAUCACCUUUUGCAAUGCAGAGUUCAGCGAGAGUAUGUUCUUAGCUUAGGGCAACCAAUUUCCAAAAUCAGCCCUACCACGUGCUUCCUGCCCUAAUGUCUGCAUGAUC